UUCUCAAAUGUUCUAGUUUGUUAUAAAUUUUAAACAAUAUUAUUAUUACAAUCUUGCUUAAAUACUGUUAUUAAUAAUAUUUUAUUCGCAAUAUAAUAUUCUUACUAAAGACUUGCUUUGUCGUACAAAAGUGAUAAAUUAUAUAAAAGUGUAUGCUUUUGUCAAAAGUGUUAAAUGUCAUUGGUCAAACUAAAUAAAAACAAGUUCUUUUUUUGAAUUUUCAAUCUGAAAAUUAUCGUGUGACGUAUGACGACGUCACGCAACAUUGUGAUGAAAUGAUUGAAUUGAGGAGAUUGAGGAUUGAGUUCAAUGUUCACGUGGCACAGACAACGAAUAACUUUCUUUAUUUUUGGCACCUGUUGAGGGCCAUUGUCAACAAUUAAAUUUUUGAAGCACAAUCACUGUCGUUAAGUUUACUCAAGUGGAAUUAUUAUUUUUAACAAUGUGUCGGAAUAUCGAGAAUAAAAAAUCAUCUAAAAUGCUAAUGCCGGUUUUAUUGAGUGCAUUUGCCAUUCCAGUCUCAAUGAUGUUUUGGAUUAUAAACGUUGUUUAUAAAUAUUUCUCACCAAAUUCAGAACAUCAUUUCGAAGGUUAUCUUGUUAUUUCUCCUUGGAGAUGGCUCGCUUCGGUUGUUAUUCCUCUUUUAUUCAUUAUCUGGGGCUUGAAGAAAAGGAGUUUGGAUGCUACUGGAGCACUUCUUGGACUUUUGACAGGUUUUAUUUUGACUUUAACGAGUUUUGCACAUUUGGCCUGUCUAAUGGCGUUUUUCGUAAGUUCGUCAAAGGCGACGAAAUUUCGAAUGGAGAGGAAAAGGAGAUUCGAUUGUGAUUUUAAGGAAGGCGGACAAAGAAAUUGGAUUCAAGUUUUGUGUAACGGAGGAAUGGCUUCGCAAUUGGCUUUACUUUAUUUAUUAGACGUUGGUUGUGGUGAACGGCCUAUUGAUUUCGUCAAAGACUAUCGAAGUUCCUGGUUAUCAAUUGGAAUCCUGGGAGCUUUAGCUUGUUGUAAUGGAGACACAUGGGCCUCGGAAUUGGGAACAGUAAUUGGUGAUUCAGAUCCUUUUCUCAUUACAAACAGAAAACGAGUACCCAGAGGAACAAAUGGCGGUGUUUCUUGUAUUGGACUUGUGGUAUCGCUUCUAGGCGGUUUAUUCGUCGGUUUAUUUCAUUAUUUAGCCGUGAUCUACACAGUGGAUUCAGUAGUUUUGGAAUUAGCUGCUCCUCAAUGGCCCAUUAUCGUUGCAGGAGGAAUCAGUGGACUCUUAGGAAGUAUUAUCGACUCAGUUCUUGGAGCAACUCUCCAAUAUUCUGGAAUUGACGAGAAUGGGAAGGUGGUUGAGAAACCGGGUAAAGGCGUAAGGCAUAUUUGUGGGAAACAAAUUUUGGAUAAUCACAGUGUCAAUCUUCUGUCAACUAUAAUCAUGGCCUUCAUGCUGCCAAGGAUAGGAAAUUUACUGUGGCCUUAAGUAUUUUAAUGUUAAGACAUUUUUUUUAACCUGCUAUUACUCAAUUUUAACGAGUUGAAAAAAAGGGACGAACAAUUUUUUUCAGAAAUGAACAAAAGAUAUUAUUUUUACAAUGUAUAAAUGUUUCGAAGACUUUUAACUCGUGAGUGUAUCGAUAUUGGAAUUGAACAUAUUUAUAAAUUAUAAUUCUGAAUUCUAAGAAUUCUAGUUUAAUACCAGUUAGAUUUAAUUAUUAUGGCAAUCUUGUACCUUAUCCGAAGCGAUAUUAUCUAAUUUUAAUUACAUACAAUGUAUAUAACGAUUUAAAGAACGUUAUAUGUAAAUUCUAGAUUUAUUUUAUUUAUUGUUCUAUAAGAGAAAUAAAUAUAAAAAA